CAGCAGCAACAACAGCAGCAGCAACAACAGCAGAUCCAGAUUCCAGUGAUAGAACAAAUUCCAGAGCCUCCAGUGCCUGCUCCUGCCCCUGUACCAGCUCAAGUGCCCCCACCAGAGGAAGUGAAACCUGCUCUUGCUAUCCCCACUCCGGCAGAAUUUGAGCCCCCUCCUGGAAGCGUGCCAGAUCCUGCCACAGCUGCAACUAGAGGUCCAGCUCCUCAUGAACAGAUGCCUCCUAACAAACCACCUUGGUUUGAGCAGCCCCAGCCUAUGGCACCCUGGGGACAGCAGCAGCAGCCCUGUGAACAGCCCCCUUUUCCUCAUCACCAGGCACCCCCACCACACUGUCCUCCAUGGAAUAAUAGCCAUGAAGGUAUGUGGAGUGAUCGUGAUCCUAACUGGAACAAUGAGCCAGAACCAGCAUGGAACAACCAGAGGGAACCUCCAUGGAAUAACCAGUUUGAUGCUCCUUGGAGUAAUCAGCAUGAUCAGCCUCCGUGGGGUGGUACUCAGAGAGAUCCUCAUUUUCGCAUGCAGCGUCCUCCACAUUUUCGAGGGCCUUUUCCCCCUCAUCAACAACAUCCACCUCAAUUCAACCAACCACCCCACCCCCACAACUUCAAUCGAUUUCCUCCACGGUUUAUGCAGGAUGACUUUCCCCCACGCCAUCCCUUUGAGCGACCACCUUUUCCUCACCGAUUUGAUUAUCCCCAAGGAGACUUCCCUUCAGAUAUGGGACCACCACACCAUCACCAAGGCCACAGAAUGCCACAUCCUGGCAUGAAUGAACAUCCGCCUUGGGGAGGUCCUCAACACCAAGAUUUCGGCCCUCCACCACAUGGGUUUAAUGGUCAGCCACCUCAUAUGCGUAGACAAGGGCCUCCACACGUCAACCAUGAUGACCCCAGUCUUGUUCCGAAUGUUCCUUACUUUGACCUCCCUGCAGGGCUUAUGGCGCCAUUGGUUAAACUGGAAGAUCAUGAGUACAAACCUCUUGACCCCAAAGAUAUCCGCCUCCCUCCUCCAAUGCCACCUAGUGAAAGACUUUUGGCUGCUGUUGAGGCGUUUUAUAGCCCUCCAUCACAUGAUAGACCCCGGAACAGUGAAGGGUGGGAGCAGAAUGGCCUUUAUGAAUUUUUCAGAGCAAAGAUGAGGGCCCGUCGACGAAAAGGCCAGGACAAGAGAAGCAGCCGUACGUCGAGGUCUAAAAAGCCGCUCAAAAAGUCGGGGCCGGUCUUCUUCACGCUCACACUCAAGAUCUUCUAAGUCUUCUCGCUCCUAUUCUGAAUCUCGGUCACGAUCUCAUUCUCGAUCCAGAUCAUAUUCUCACUCCAGGUCUAGGAGUAGAAGCAGGUCUCGGUCAUCACAAAGUCGUCAAGGUCAAGAUCAAGAUCGAGAUCAAAAUCUUUCUCACCUGGAAGACGGCGCAGAUCUAGAUCUCGCAGUGCUACUCCUCCUUCUUCUUCGGGUUUGGGUUCCACGUCAGCAGGAAAUACACCAAGCAUCCGUCUUGGGGAGGAGAACAAGGGGCACCAAAUGCUAGUAAAAAUGGGGUGGAGUGGAGCUGGAGGCCUUGGUGCUAAUGAGCAGGGUAUUCAGGACCCAAUUAAAGGGGGAGACAUUCGUGACAAAUGGGACCAGUACAAAGGAGUAGGAGUUUCUCUUGAUGAUCCCUAUGAAAACUACCGUAGGAACAAAAGUUACUCUUUCAUUGCACGAAUGAAAGCCAGAGAUGAGAAUUUCAAAGCGGGAGGACCGUUUCCGCCAGGCUCAGGUCCACCAGGAAACAUGAAGCGGGAGUGCCAGGAUCCACCAGCACAAGAAUGA